UAUACCCAUGUUGUCAUAUGGAUGUCGACCCUUGUGAUGAUUUUAUAUAGGUUUUAUCAUUACACAAUAUUUAUAUGCAAAGCUCUAGCCAAAGAAAGAAAAGGAAAAGGAAAAGGAAGCGAAGGACUUCCCUUAGUCUUAUACGUGACAGUGUGUUCUGCAAAGGAGUUAACAGUUAGGAGUAGCUAGUUUCUUUUCCUUUUGGGCAAAAGACUUCUCAAUGUUUACCUUACUAAAUAUUGCUAAGAUAUCAGGGCUUUGGUAUAGGACAACUGGAUUAAGCAUCAGUGCAUCAUAAUUUUGCGAUUGAGCUAUUUAGAACUGUAUCCAUUAUUAUAUCACAUGUCAUGGUUGGUGAUAAGGUUCUAAAUAUGAGAGACAUCCAUAACACAUUGCUUUUGAAGAAAUAGCUCCUUAAUUUUUGCUUCUUGACCUUUGUCAUAGUUAUUGCUACCAGUAAAGUUUCACUAAACACCAACAUCUUCAUCUAAUCAUAAAGAUAUUUCAGAAUGUCACAUGGCUAGAUGCUCUUUGGAAUCAUAAACUGAUGUUUUUACUUUAAAUUCAUGUAUUCUUUAUUAAUGGUCUGUAUGAUCAUGUUGUUCUCCAUUCUAUAGCAACUGUACUUACAAUCUCUGGAAUAUAAGAUACCCUACUUAUAUAUUUUUUUUUAUCCAAUAAUGAAUUUGCAAGUGGAAAUAAAUCAUAUUGUUGGGGGAGAGGACUAGCUUCAAUACUAAUUGUCAUCUCAAAGUCCAGCCCAGACGGCACUAACAUAUAUGGAGGGGCAUUCACAGAUAAAUAAUAAACUGUGUGACAGGUUUUCUGUUAGUCAUUACCCUAUGCUCUUCUGGGGCCACCCCUCCAAGUUUGUAGGAGCUGGUUGGGAACCCAAGCAGGAGAAAAGUGAAAUACACGUGAUUGAUGAUGGAAGGACAGCUGAACGCCUACUUAACUGGAUCAACAAGCAGAUAGGAAGUUCAUAUGGUUUGGAUGAUGAGAAAUUUGAGAAUGAGCAUCUUGCUACUAACAUAUCAGAGCCUGAGCAGAUUGCAAGGGCUGUAUAUGAUGUUGAGGAGGCCACGACCACUGCCUUUGACAUCAUCAUUGAACACAAGAUGAUCAAAUCAGAAACACGGGCAUCACUUAUAAAAUUUCUCCAACUUUUGGUGGCUCAUCACCCUUCAAGGAGGUGCCGGAAGGGAAGCGCAGAAGUACUAGUGAACUUUGAUGAUAUUUAUCCUUCAGAAAUAUUAUCUAUUGAUAAACCUGAAACGGCCGAAAAUAAUCAGAAGGGCUCUUUUGGCAAUAUUCAGAUAUGUGGAAAGGAAGUUCCUCGUGGAUAUUGGAUGUUUUGUCGUGGUAGCAAGAAUGAUACUCGUGGUUUCAGCUGUGGGUUGUGGGUUCUCCUUCAUUCACUCUCUGUCAGGGUGGAUGAUGGAGAGAGUCAGUUUGCAUUCACUGCUAUAUGUGAUUUCAUCCACAACUUCUUCAUCUGCGAAGAAUGCCGUCAACAUUUUUAUGACAUGUGCUCAAGUGUAUCAAGCCCAUUCAAGACAAGUCGGGACUUUGUUCUCUGGUUAUGGACUGCACACAACAAAGUGAAUUCUCGAUUAAUGAAGGAAGAAGCAUCCCUAGGAACAGGGGACCCCAAAUUCCCAAAGAUCGUUUGGCCUCCAAAGCAACUUUGCGCCCCAUGCUACGGGUCCAACGUAGGGAGGCAAGAUGAUCCCAGUCGGAUCGACUGGGACCAGGACGAGGUCUUCAAGUUCCUGACACGAUAUUAUGGGAUGACACUCGUCUCUCUUUACAAGAGCAAGGAUGCCCCUCUGGGUGAGACCACUGGCAGGAGCCUCGAGGAUUCAUCGUCCCCGACAAGUGCAGUCGUUGUCCCUGUGGGAGCAGCUCUGGCGAUUGCACUUGCCAGCUGUGCAUUCGGAGCACUCGCCUGCUACUGGCGAUCACAGCAGAAGAAUAGGAAGUAUUACCACCAAUUACACUCUUUAAAAAAUAUAUGAUUCCUUUCUUUUACUGGAUGGGGCUGAGGGUUUUAGAUAGAGAGAAGGGAUAGAACAAAGAAAUCCAUUGUUAGCUAUGAUAUUGAAGGGCUACAAUGUUUCGUCGAAGAGGAAAGAGUGGGGGGAUUUUGCUCUGUUUGGGGUAAGAUAUCUUAUUUUAUUUUCUACUUCGACUACAUUUCAGGCCGAGGAGGAGCUGGAACUAACAUAAGUUUUGAGAGGGAGAAUCGUUUACAGACAUUUGAGGUCCACAGACAGAGGUCAGAAAAAGAAAAAGAGGGGGCCACUUGAGAGUGGAAAUCUUCAGCAUUGGGCUGGGACUGAUCUAAUCUGUUGAGACCCAAUACCUGACUCUGAUCAAAUUUGUUGCGAAUUAGGAUUUGUUUUUCUUUUCUUUUAUACUUAAUGAUUUUUUUUAUUUUAUUUUUUUCCAUUUGGAGUUUCUUGAGCUUCCCAUAGUUGAUGAUUGGUCACAUCAGGUGGUGUACAAUUAUGGUUUUGGGGCCGUUCUGUCUUGGGCACAUAUGCAAUACCAAUACGAGCUUUGAGGUUCACGAGA